AAGGUCUUGACCUCAUCCGAUCCUGCUGAGAAGACCAAAAAGCUUAGCGCCGAGCUGGCCAAUGGCCGCCUUGCGAUGAUGGCGAUCAUCGGAAUGUUCUUCCAGGAUGGCUUGACUGGCAGCGCUUGGGGAGACUGGGCCAACUACACUGCUUCUCCGCUGCGUGCGUUCGAGAACGAGCUGGGUGCGCAGGCACCUCUGGGGUUCUGGGAUCCUUUGGGGCUUUCCUCUGAUGGCAACUUGUACUCCUUCAAGCGACGACGCUCUGUCGAGCUCAAGCACGGCCGCAUUUGCAUGCUGGCAACAAUGGGCUACAUCACUCCCGAGGUAGCUGGCAAGUUCCCGGGCUACUUGUCUACUUCCCAGAAGCUGCUCUUCUCGGACAUUCCCAAUGGACUUGCGGCAAUCUCCAAGGUGCCUUUGGCAGGCUGGAUUCAGAUCUUUGGCUACUGCGCCUACUGCGAGAUCUCUGCCGGCUAUGAUGCGGACAUCACCAAGCGCACCCCUGGUGACAUGGGAUGGAACCCACCUCUCUUCUCUGGAAACAAUCCUGACACCAAGACACGCCGAUUGAACGCAGAGCUUGCGAACGGACGCCUGGCAAUGAUGGCCACCAUGGGCAUGUUCUUUCAGGAUGGCUUGACCGGAAGCGCCUGGGGUGACUGGGCCAACUACACUGACUCACCUUUGCGUGCAUUCGAGAACGAGCUGGGUGUUCAGGAGCCAGUGGGAUUUUGG